ACUAGAUGAUUAACAUAUUCAUGCCCAUUAUAUUUACUGUAAAUGGUGCUCUUAGGUACUUAAACCAUGGAACUACCAUAGUACAUGCCCAUACUUGGCUGCAGCAUCUUUCAGUUUCAGCCAUGAUUACUUUAAUCAACGAGGGAAAGUGCUUUAACAUGGUAGUCUACUUUUUGGUAGUUUUUGUUAAUGGUGCAUUAAUUGAAUAUAAUUGUGAAUAUUUCACAGACACAAAGUGUAUCGUUUUUAAUAUUUAACAUUCAACCAUAUUAUUAUGGUUAUACAGUGAUGUGAUUUUGAUGGAAAUAUUUUGUAAUUUUAGUAAGGGAAGUUUGCCUGAAAUCCACCCAUAUGACACUGCCAGCUGAGACUGCACACAAAUCCACAAUCCCCUCAUAGCCACAAAACUGAAAGCUUGACUACUGUAUUACCUUCAGCCGCCAGGAAUGAAGACAGUGGAUUUCAGAUUAACACAAGAGUAGUAUGCUUGACGUGGGAAAGUGGCCAGUGUUCGCCCUCCUGCCCCCUGAGGAACUGCGGCUCAUCCGUCAAGCCUGUGUGUUCGGCAGCGCUGGCAAUGAGGCAAUCUACGUUACCAUCAACGAUGAGGUGUUUGCACUGGGAACAAACAGCAGUGGCUGCUUGGGACUCGGGGACACACAGAGCACCAUAGAGCCCAGGCGGAUCGACAUCCUGUGCGGCAAGAAAAUCGUCUCUUUGAGCUAUGGCACAGGACCUCACGUUGUCAUCGCCACUGCAGAUGGGGAUGUUUAUGCCUGGGGUCACAAUGGCUACAGUCAGCUGGGAAAUGGCACCACCAACCACGGCCUGACUCCUGCCCUGGUCUCAACCAACCUUAUCAACAAGAGAGUGGCAGAGGUGGCCUGUGGCUCACACCACACCAUAGCCCUCACUACAGAGGGAGAGGUGUAUGCCUGGGGCUACAACAACUCCGGACAGGUUGGUUCAGGCUCCACCGCCAACCAGCCCACCCCACGCAGGGUGAGCAGCUGCCUUCAGAACAAGGUAGUGGUGAACAUCGCCUGCGGACAGCUCUGCUCCAUGGCUGUCCUGGACAACGGAGAGACAUAUGGCUGGGGUUAUAAUUGCAAUGGGCAGCUCGGUUUGGGCAACAAUGGCAACCAGCAAACCCCCUGCCGUAUCGCCACCUUACAGGGAAUCAACAUCGUACAGGUGGCAUGUGGCUACGCACACACAUUGGCUCUAACAGAUGAGGGCUUUGUGUACUCUUGGGGUGCGAACUCUUAUGGGCAGCUGGGCACGGGCAACAAGAGCAACCAAGCUGUGCCCACCCUAAUCAACAUGGACAAAGAGAGAUUGGUAGAAGUCGCUGCAUGUCACACCAGCCACACAUCAGCGGCGAAAACACAGAGCGGCCAGGUGCUGAUGUGGGGUCAGUGUCGGGGUCAGGCUGUGGCGUACCCUCACCUCACACACUUCACCAGCACAGACGACGUCUUUGCCUGUUUUGCCACACCUGCGGUCACCUGGCAUCUGCUGUCUGUGGAUGGAGAUGACUAUCUGACUGUUGCCCAGUCACUAAAGCGAGAGUUUGACAGCCCAGAAAUCUCUGACCUCAAGUUCCUGGUUGAUGGGAAGUGUAUCCACGUACAUAAAGCCCUUCUUAAAAUCCGGUGCGAGCAUUUCCGAGCAUUGCUGAAUGAGACUGAUGAAGAGACCAUAGAGAUUCAUCAGUUUUCUUAUCUGGUGUACCGCGCUUUCCUGGAGUACCUGUAUACUGAUACCAUCAACCUUCCACCUGAGGACGCUAUAGGUCUGUUGGAUUUGGCCACGUACUACCGCGAGAAUCGACUGAAAAGACUGUGUCAAGAGACCAUCAAAAGAGGCAUCACAGAGGAAAAUGCAAUAACACUGCUCUCAGCUGCUGUGAAGUAUGAAGCACGGUCCACCCACUCUUCAUGUGCAGGAUCUGGAAGAGUUCUGUUUCAAGUUUUGCAUUAACCACCUGACGGCCGUCACACAGACACAGGCCUUCGCCGACAUGGACCAUGAACUUCUAAAGAACUUCAUCAGCAAAGCCAGCCGUUACGGGGCCUUCAAAAACUAACAGAGAGAAAGACAGCACUGAGGUCCAGGCUUGAGAGUUAUUCUACAGUGGCUCUGCUAGAUCCAAGCAUGUUACCUCAAAUACCUCAGUUUUGUAGAGAGAUAAGCCAAAUUCCUGUGGUUGAAGCAUGAAGAUUACGGGACACCACUGCACUGGUUGUCUCCUGGGGCCUCAUACCUUUAAAUUACACCCACUAUGUGAAGCCCUCCAUAAAUGGAACAAUUCAAGACGAGUGCUGGAAAUCACUCCAGAUUCAAAGGGACAUAAAGAUUCUUAUGAAAGAGCUAAACAGAGGGGUGUUAAGAUGACAUUCAUACGCGAUACAUUUCUUGUCUUUUGAGUUUGAUGGAUUGGAAUGUUACAUUCAGGCAGACAAACAUGUUGUCCAUUCGUCCUCAUCUGUAAAGGUUAUAGUCUUGAGAGGUUUCAUAGGAUAUCACUGAUUACUUUCUAUUUUGUUCAGGCAUUAGAAGGACCUUUAAUUCAACAUAUUAUAGCAAUAUUAUUUUAUUAUUUUGAAUAUGGCAGAAAUGUAUCUUUACCAUUAAUACAACAUAUUAUGGCAAUAUUGCAUGAUUUUUUAAAAUGUACCUAGUGACUCUGGCUAUAGCGCCAAAUCCAUGUCAUUUACUUUUUAACUGACAAUAGUGUUACAUUUGACAUGUUCAUACUCUUUUGUGUAACAGUAUUAUUUUGAAUGUGGCAGAAAGGUAUCUUUUCUUCUGUCUAGUAAUAUUUGUACAAGCACUAACAUGAGUGUCUGCAGUGCCAUUGCAGUUGGGAAAUGGUGCCCAUAUUCUGUUAUUCAUUAACUUUAGACAGAUAAAGGGUGAAUUUCACAAAGCCUGUCAAGAAUACCUUCAGGUCAUAUUUCACCCCAAAAUCCAAAAAUGAAAAGAAAAAGAAAAGAUACGUUGCAUAAAGAAAAUGAAUUUGAUUUGUAUGAUUUUUUGCAUUGUGACUACUCUCAUGCCAUUUGAACUCUCCUCCCAAUUCUAGUUGCCAUAUUGCAAAAAUGUCACUCAUUAUCGUAAUACCCCCCCAAAAUACUUUAUGUAAUAAUAAAGUAUUUAUGCUUUAUUAGGAACACUAUGGUCCUAAUAAAGUGCCCAAUGGUGUCUUCUGCUGUUGUAGCCCAUCCGCCUCAAGGUUCGACUUGUGCAUUCUGAGGUGCUAUUCUGCUCAAUUGUACAGUAGGAGUUACCAUAGCCUUUCUGUCAGCUCGAACCAGUCUUGCAAUUCUCUGUUGACCUCUCUCAUCAACAAGGUGUUUCCAUCUGCAGAACUGCCGCUCACUGGAUGUUUUUUGUUCUUAGCACCAUUCCAGCACCAGAGUAAACUUGAGACUUUUUUUUGUGUGAAAAUUCCAGGAGAUCAGCAGUUACAAAAAUACUCAAACCAGCCCAUCUGACACCAACAAUCAUGCCACGGUCGAAAUCACAUUUUCCCCCAUUCUGAUGGUUGAUGUGAACAUAAACUGAAGCUCCUGACCCUUAUCUGCAUGAUUUUAUAUAUUACACUGCUGCCACACGAUUGGCUGAUUAGAUAAUCGCAUGAAUAAGUAGGUUUACAGGUGUUCCUAAUAAAGUGCUCAGUGUGUGUAUAAUAUAUCUAUACAUUUUAUAAUCCACAUUUGGCUGCACAAUCAAAAAAAGACAUUUUUCUGUUUCAGUGUUGCUGUAGUUACUGCAUUUUGCUUAAUUGUCAAGGAAAUGUCACAAUGGUCCAAAAUGUUGACUUUUUUUUUCAAUGCAAUAUAAUGUCUUUUUCUCUUGGGGUAAUUUGGGGUAAAAUAUGACAUAUUUGCGUGAGAUUCACCCUAAAAGCUUUCUUUUACCUCCAGAGAAUAUUUUUUAUUUUUUUAUUUUUUUUCAUUCAAGGCUGCAUUAACCUACCAACCUAACCUUGAAAUGGCAUAUUAAAGCAUCAUGUUUUCAUUCAAGGGUUUACAGUAAGUUAUACAAGCACAACACGCAAUCAGAGAGAAGAUUUACUUGAAUGGAUACUUAUAUGUCUAAAAGGCUUGUCUUUGUGUUUUUGAUGAUCAGUUAUACAGUCUGUUCACAUUUGUUUACACAGUUUAGGGGUCUCUGUUCUGUUACAGAUAUUUCUAUGGUUCUCUUCUUUUUUUAUCCCCAUAAAUGAGGUCAGGACUUCUAACCCUGCCCGGUUGCCAAGAGAGGGUCAUUACCCAAUGGUCAUGUUUGGAAUUGGGAAUAGUUAUUUAAAACCUAGAAGUGUCAAUUCUAAGAUUGCUUUAUUUUUCAUUAUAAACUAAAUAUCAUAAAGCACUUUGAAAAGUAAAUGUCCUAGAAAUGUUCAAACCUGCUGUCUUGAAAAAUGUUAUACUUAUAAUACAUUUAUACAAAUAUU